AUUUUAUCUAUAGCAAAAAUGCAAAACAAAUCUGCGUAUUUUCACCUCUUUCUACCUAUAGUUUUUAUCUUCUUACGUUGAGAUCACAGUAGAAUCUUCUUCGUAACUGCCAAGCGCGGUGCCUUUGAUCUCACAGAGAACUUUAUACAUCAAAGCCCGAUUUUUAAUCGGGUAAACUAUACUACCACGACCAAGAGAAUUGUCUAAACAAAAUAUUUAGGUUUUAUUUUACCUUAACGAGUUUAUCGUGAAUCGAACAAGUGUGAUUUUAGAGAAAGGUACUAAUUAACACGGAUAUUAAACGGUGCAAUUACGGAUUUGUUCUCGGUCCAGGUAGAGAGAUCUUUAAAACGUUUGUAUUUCUGUCAUCAUUUAACGGAAGAAAACAUAGAGGUUAUUAAUCAAGUUAAUUCAAUGCAAAUCAGAAAGGCGUGGUGUAAAGGAAUUAGCCAAUGGGCAUACCUGAAUGAAUGAUGUUAAAUUGGAAAAAAGAUUGGGAGGAUAUAGUGAUAAUUUCUUUUAAUUUCGCAAGUUAUACAAACUGUUUUUCACACUGGUUUUCCUCAUAUGAUUUAUAAAUUGAACGAAAAUAUGUGUUUAGCGUAUAAACGGAUUACACUUUACAUGAAAACUAAGGAAUGCAAUAUAAAUAAUACGUGAACAGAAGGAUUUAUUAUUUAUAAUUUAUUUACGUGUAGAUUAAAUUUAAACAUGAAUAUAUGAAUAUAUAUUUUUUGGAAGAAAAAAAAUUGAAAUCCGGCUGUAUGCAUCUGUUAGUGAAAGACAUUGGUGGAUUAAAACGUGAAUACCUCUGUAAUGGUGUUACUUAUUUGAUUUUUUCGCUUUGUAUCUCUAAUUCGUAUACUAAUUAUAUAAAACGAAUCGUUUUCAAAACGGUUCUUAUUUUAAGCGAUUCGGUGUAAUUAAUUAUUUAUUUUAACAAGCGAUGAAGUAUUUACGGAAUGGAAGCACAUGUGAACAUAUUUCCUAAUCUAAACAUAAACUAUUUACAUUAUUUGUUUACCAAACAAUGAAGAAAUAUAUUUAUACUUUUUGGAUUUUGCCUAUAGUUUUUGUAUCGUGUGUUCAGCAACCAUAUAACAGAAUCCAUGACAUGCCUCUUGAUGUGAAUAAACUAGAGAGUCUGGGUAACUCCGAUUCUCUCAUGAAAGCGCUUAAAGACAUAGCUCAAAAGUCACAUGAUUGUGGAGUAAAAGAAGUUCCAAAAUUCAGACGAUACUUUCUUAAAAAUAAAACCGUAACGUGCAAUGAUGGCUCGCCAGCAGGAUAUUACCUGAGAAAAUCGUAUGGUAGUAAAAAGUGGAUCGUUUUUCUUGAAGGUGGUUGGUACUGUUUUGACGACUUGAGCUGUCGAUUACGAUGGCAGAAUACCGGAUGGAGGUCAUAUAUGAGCAGUAAUAGCUGGCCGCACCUGCGUAGAGUAAAUGGGUUACUGUCAUCUGAUCCGAAAGAAAAUUCGUACUAUUUCAAUGCAAAUAUGGUUUAUAUUCCGUAUUGUUCGAGUGAUUCUUGGACGGGAACAGUUGUCCAUGAAGAUGGAUAUUCCUUCUUAGGUUCUUAUAUAAUCGAAGAAGUAAUAAAAGAACUAGUCCCUAGAGGACUUAAAAAAGCACAACGGCUCAUAUUAGCUGGAAGCAGUGCUGGUGGUACGGGUGUUUUAAUGAAUCUAGACCGCGUGGCUGACUUGAUGUCUGAGUUAGCACCAGGUGUAGAAGUCCGGGGUAUAGCAGACUCCGGAUGGUUUGUCGACAUUCCACAGUUCCGAAGAGGAGAAUGCUCAGAUUCCUUUUCGUGUUCUCCUGUAGAUAGUAUACAAAGAGGAGUUAAAUUAUGGAAGGGAAAUGUUCCAGAAGCAUGUAGAAAAGAAUACUCAGAAGAAGAACAAUGGAAAUGUUAUUUUGGGUAUAAAAUGUACCCUACCUUAAAAACUCCAGUAUUUAUUGUUCAAUACCUCUUUGAUGAAGCUCAAAUAUCGGUUAUGAACUUACUCGAUAUUUCUCAUUUGAGCAUGAAUUCCAAGAACCAGUAUGCUGGUAUAAUGUCAAAAGAACAAUGGCAGUAUCUCCAUAAUUUGGGAGAGGAAGUCAAAAAAUCCCUCCAAAACGUAUCUGCUGUAUUUGCACCGGCAUGUCUGUCUCACGUUUCGUUGACGAAAAGAGAUUGGCAGUCUGUAUCAGUAAAUGGAGUUACACUAGCACAAUCUAUAUAUUGCUGGGAAAAUAACUUCGAAAAAGAUAAAUGUCUCAUAACAACCUCAUCUGCUCCAAGUUUACCUCAAACUGACCCUCUUCUAAAAGAUGGACCUUCAGUUACAAAGAAACCAAAACGAGUACGUCGAAGAAAAAAGAAGAAAAAGAAGAGGAAGAAGAAAAAGAAGAAUAAAAAUAAAAACAAAAAUAAAAAUAAAAAAAGAAACAGACUCGAUAAAGAAAAAAGACGGAGACGUCGAGUACGAAAACGGAACAGGAGAAAAAAAGGAAAAAAGCGAAGUCGUGCACAACGGUCUGCAAAAAAUGUCGGCCAUUGUAAUCAUCACGUGAUUGAAUCAUGUCCUCUACCUCAGUGGUGUAAUAGUUUUUGUCCUGCCUUCAGGAACCAGUUCACGGGUGAAGUUAUUGACUUCUUUAAAUUAUUUGCUGAUUCUGAUAUUGACAGAAAUAGCAUAGCAGAAAUCCUCGGAAAAAAACUUUCUGCAGAGGAAAAUUCAAAUCCAGAAGAGAUUUCCAAGUUGUUAGAGAAGAAAUUUAGGAAAAGAUCUUUUUUGACGUGACCCACAUGUUUUUUUUAAUGAUGUAAGCGUCAUAUGAAUGAUGUAAUGAGCUGUCGGUGUAACGAGUAUUUCUUAAAGGUUGUGAAGUCGCGCGCGGGCAAUUUUUUAGAUGCAGCAGGUAUUGUACUAAGUUUAUAUAUUUGUUUUCAGAAAGCAAGUGAUGGGAAGCAAAGCAAAAUUAAAAGUGCUAAUAAGUUCAUAGUAUUUGUUUACAUUGCAAGAGGAGAAUUGGUAUAUAUUUUUUUACAGGAAAGAGCUUAUACAUAUUUGAGUACUAUAUCAUCAGACAAUGCCUUAGUGAUGCCGACCAUACAUUGAAUUAGUUUGGAAAGUGUAAAUUUUGGAUAAAAUGAAAGAUUGUAUAUAAUAAUGAUUUUUUUUACUAUCUCAAUACUCUUAAAUUCUCACUUUGGAGUAUGAAAUUCCUUGUUUGCAAUUUGAGAACACAGUAUGCAAGCAGCAAAUUAAAUUACAUAUAACAUACUAAAUAACUUAUUACAGUUAAAUAAAUAUAUACCUCGGAAUGUAAAAUCGUUUUGCCUUAUCUAGAAAUGGUCUUUUUCAGUUUGAAAAAAAAACCGGGUUUUUCCCAGAAAGUAUAAGUUAAGAUUUCAACGCGUACUUAUGAACAGUUUCGUUAGUAUUAAUCUUUUAUGAGCUGUUGGAUAAUCGAGUGUUUGUUGAAAUUUACAAACAAAUACAAACUACUAUCAUUUUGGAAGAUGCAAGUGACAACAGGAUAUAUUUAAGAAAAUAGUCAGAGUGUAAUGAUUUUUAUUGAUGGAUUGUAGACUUUAUAUAAUGUUUUGUUUUUACUUGUUUUUAUCAGAAUGUUGUAAUUAAUUCUUAUGUGUGUUAACAUUUUUUUAAUAAUUAAAAGUUAAAGC